GUAGACGAAUCCAAUUGAAAGAUGGCGGUGGUUACAAUGGCGUUUGAAGUUGAGCUGUAGUGUAACUGUAGUUGGUCUUUAUAGCACUCGUAAACAACUCGCAAGGCGUUUGACACGCACUACGUUUGGCGCUAAAAAUGAGUCAUGGGAGUGCAAGCAAGGUGGGGGAAAUUUUCACAGCCGCGGGAGCUGCAUUCACCAAGCUCGGUGAACUGGCUGUCCAGCUGUACUCUGCUUCUGAGCCAUCGCCAGCCGGGGGCAAGUGGACUGACGACGAGGUCGAGAUGCUGCGCAGUGCAGUGAAGCGCUUUGGAGACGACCUGAAUAAACUUAGCGAUCACAUAAAGAAUCGCACCAUCAGUCAGAUCAAGAACAGCAUGAAGCGUAAGGCAUAUGAGGAGGCAGGCAUCCCUAUCAAAAAGGCACCACCCAAAGCAGAAGCAGCACCGCCACCUCCACAACCAACAUUAGCCGCUGGCCUGCAAGCUGCUACAAAGUCCGCUGACAUAACGCUGAACAUGCUCAACGCAACCGAGACGGAAGUAGAUGUUGAAGGUUUGGGAGGAACUGGCAAACUUGACUACGACAGCUCCUCCUAAAGUCAUCAAUCACCUGAGCAUCAUCCACAAAUUCAUGUACAAAUCAUGCCUCAAUGCAAAUGAAUCACAUCAAUAAUCAAACUUGCA